GCUUGGGUAAAAGUCCUGUACCUAAACACACGAUGGUACCCACGUCCCAAAUUAUAAUUUUAGCAAUAUUCCUGUCAAUUUCCAUCAUUUCGGCACAAUAUUCACAAUCACCUCUCGCCUAUUACCAACACGAAAUCGUUUACGGCUUCAGUCAAACUCCUGAAAUCCUGCCGCUUGCAGGUAGCAGUGGAAUGCCGGCGAGUGUGGGUUUUCAUGAAGCAGGAAACCCACUCCUGACACCUGCUAUCCUUCCUGUCGACCUGUUCACGCCGAACACAGAACAACAACCUGCCGAGACGCCCGGCCAGUUUCGGAAUUACAUCAAAGCCUUGGAAGAGGAAGCGAAGGAAGCGGAAAAAGCAGAGAAUGCAAUUACGACGACGACGUUGAGGGAUGAAAUUAGAAAGUCCGCUGACGAACCCAAAGGGUACGUCACUUUCAAAAUGGAACGAGGCGCGAAAAGUUACAAUUACGGUUAUGCACUUUGAAAGCAAAACAAAUAAAAACUUGUAGAUUGCAGUUUUGCCACAAUUGGCUAUAAACAGGAUCUUGUAAAAUACCGUUUUGUCUAUAAAACAACUUUUAUGUGGCUUUCAAGCAAUUAUUUAAAACAUAAUUUUCAAAAACAACAAUUAAAUUAACUAGUUUAUCURUWUUACUCAAUUAUUUAUUGAUUUUAUGUUAUAAAUGAUUGUUACUAUUCUGRCUGUUUUUGAAGCGAAUUUUKCCUUUKAAUUUUUUCUAAUUUUUAUUGAAUUUUUGACACCGGGUGUUCCAACAAGUUGGUAAAGUCCAUUAUUUACCUGUAAAUAUUAAAAUUUAUAUAGGCAAUUG